AUGGACGAGACUACUUUUAAUCAAACCACUAACGAUUUUGAAUUGGAUGCAAAUCAACUUGCUGCACCAGAUGCCGUCUUCUCGGACAGAGUACGUAGAUUCCAAGAGUUUUUAGACACGUUCUCUACUUAUAAAGACCAAGUUAGAGAGAUUCAGCUGUACAAUAACGCUUUCAACACAAAUGAUGAAAAGAAUUUAGACGAUGAAUUAUAUGAUCAUGCUAAAGAUUUAGAAGAAAACUUUAAUGAAGAUUAUGACCUUAACAAAAAACAGGCUUCUGGUAAAGCUUUAAACAUUUUACCCCAAAGAAUUACAAUAUCAUUGGAUGAUUUAAGAGAAUUCGAUAGAUCCUUUUGGACAGGUAUUCUAAUGGAACCUGCUUUUUUCAUUCCACCUGCUGAAAAAGCUUUAUCUGAUAUGGCUAAUGUCUUAGAUGAAAAUACAAAUCAAAAUUUUAGAAACUUCCAAAAUGGUAGUCGUCCUUGGAAUUUAUCCUUCAAGGGUUCAUUUGGUUCUCAUGCGUUAUCUCCACGUACUUUAAAUUCUCAAUUCUUAAAUAAAUUGAUAUCUGUAGAAGGUAUCGUGACAAAGACCUCAUUGGUUAGACCAAAAUUGAUAAGAUCUGUACAUUAUGCAGAAAAGACUGCAAGAUUUCAUUAUAGAGAAUACACUGACGCUACAACAUCAUUGACUACUAAGAUUCCAACACCUGCCAUAUAUCCAACUGAAGAUACAGAUGGUAAUAAAUUAACUACCGAAUAUGGUUAUUCUACUUAUAUGGAUCAUCAACGUAUUACUGUCCAAGAAAUGCCAGAAAUGGCUCCAGCAGGGCAAUUACCAAGAUCCAUAGAUAUAAUCUUGGAUGACGAUUUAGUUGAUAGGACUAAACCCGGUGACAGAGUCAACGUUGUCGGUGUAUUUGUCUCCUUAGGUGCUGGUGGUAUGAGUCGUAGCGACAGUAAAGGUAGUAAUGCAUUUAGAACUUUAAUUAUUGGUAAUAGUGUAUACCCAUUACAUGCUAGAUCGACUGGUGUAUCAGCCCAGCAAGUACUAACAGAUUUUGAUAUUAGAAAUAUCAAUAAAUUGGCUAAGAAGAAAGAUAUCUUCGAUAUUUUAUCUCAAUCAUUGGCUCCAUCUAUUUACGGUCAUGAACACAUUAAAAGAGCAAUCUUAUUGAUGUUGAUGGGAGGUGUUGAAAAAAAUUUGGAUAAUGGUUCUCAUUUAAGAGGUGAUAUCAAUAUCUUAAUGGUUGGUGAUCCAUCCACAGCUAAAUCACAAUUGCUAAGAUUUGUGUUAAAUACUGCAUCCUUAGCCAUUGCUACAACUGGUAGAGGUUCUUCUGGUGUUGGUUUAACUGCCGCUGUUACUACGGAUAGAGAAACUGGUGAAAGAAGACUUGAAGCAGGUGCAAUGGUGUUAGCUGAUCGUGGUGUUGUGUGUAUUGAUGAAUUCGAUAAGAUGACUGAUACUGAUAGAGUUGCAAUUCAUGAAGUCAUGGAGCAACAAACCGUCACUAUUGCAAAGGCAGGUAUUCAUACCACUCUGAAUGCUCGUUGUUCUGUUAUUGCCGCUGCUAAUCCAGUGUAUGGUCAAUAUGAUGUACAAAAGGAUCCUCAUCAAAACAUUGCUUUACCAGAUUCUUUGUUGUCACGUUUCGAUUUAUUGUUUGUGGUGACUGAUGAUAUUAAUGAAAUAAAGGACAGAGCCAUUAGUGAGCAUGUCCUUAGAACACAUAGAUAUUUACCCCCGGGCUAUUUAGAAGGUGAACCUAUAAGAGAAAGAUUGAAUCUAUCACUUGCUGUUGGUAUCGAAAACCCUGAAGAACAAACAGAAAAUAAUGCUAACGGUGCGGAAGAGAGUGAAGAUAGUGUUUUUGAGAAAUUUAACCCAUUGUUACAAGCCGGUGCUAAACUAGCCAUGAACAAGGGUGAUCAUAAUGGUGAUUUGAUUCCAAAUUUAGUCACUAUUCCUUUCCUAAGAAAAUAUAUUCAAUAUGCUAAGGAGAGAGUUAUCCCUCAAUUAACCCAAGAGGCAAUUGACAUCAUUGUUAAAGAAUAUGCAGAGUUGAGAAACGACGAAAAUACUAAGAAAUCUCCAAUUACUGCAAGAACUCUUGAAACUUUGAUCAGAUUGUCCACAGCUCAUGCUAAAGUCAGACUGUCUAAGACAGUUAGUAAAUCAGAUGCUCGUAUUGCUUCGAGAUUAUUAAGGUUUGCUCUGUUAGGUGAAGAUAUUGGUGAUGACAUUUAUAAUGAGGAUGAAAAUGAAGAAAAUAUUUCAUUCAGAAGAUCUCCAAAGAAAUCUCCAAAGAAGAAACAAAGAGUAUACGCGAAUACAAGUAGGCCAGAGUCACCUAUCAAGCCUAGAACUCCAUCAAGAAGAUCACCUUCAAAAUCAAGUGCACCAUCAUCUACCCAAAGCUUAGUUACUAGAAGGAGAUUGCAAUUAGAUGAUGAUGACAAUAACGAUGACGACUAUAUUGCAAUGUCUCCAUUACCAAGAGACGAACAAGAAGAUUUAGAAAGAAGGUUACGUUCCGGUUUACGUGUCUCUCCAAGACGUAGAGGACAGAUAGAUUCUCGUGGUCCAUUGACUGAAGCAGGUGGUGAAAAGUUGUCAAAUAUUUCCUCUUUCAGUGACGACACUGGAUUAACUGAAGAAGCUAUUGGUUCCAUCUCUACAGCCAGAUUAGCUACUUUUUCAAGUGUCAUGGCUGCAUUAAUGCAAUCUGAUCUAUUCCAAGAUGAUUGUUACCCUAUUGAACCUCUUUUCGGGAAAGUUAAUGAUGAAGUAGACAAUGAGGAAGAAUUUGCCAUGUCCGAAUAUAUGGCUGGUCUAAGAAUUUUGUCUGAGAGAAAUAAUAUCAUGAUAUCUGAAGAUAAAGUAUGGAGAGUGUGA